AUGCGUUUCUUUUUCCGUCCUGUACCCCAUCCCUCAUUUCAUUCCCCUCAACCCACACCCUCAACCCCUCCCCUGUCCCCUUCUAAAACUUCCGUCCACCUUCCCCGUGCCAUCACCAGGUAUGAGUACGUGAUCCCCACGUUCUGCUUCAACCCGCUGGCGCACUGCGUCCGCGAGUACCUGUUGCGCAUGGGGCUCCUCUCCCACCCGGGGGGCGGGCAGCACGGGCACGACGGGCACGACAGGCAGGGAGGGGGCGAGGCAGAGGGGACAGAGGGAGAGAAGGGGCCGGAGGGGAAGGAAGAGGGCAGGGCUGCAAAGGAUUCUGCAGCUGCAACCAACACAAAAGAAGAAGAGAGCAAACCAACAGAAAAGCCAGAGGACAAGGCAGCAGAAGCACAAGACAAGCCCAAGGCCAUCGCUCUCCCUGCCCCUCUUCCCGCCGUGUUCACCCCGCCGCCCUACACAUUCGACUCGGCGGCUCUGGCGCGACUUAACCACCUGUUAUCCCUCUUUGUGGGCAUGCACUGCUUCCACAACUACACCGUGAAGGUCAGCACCAAGGACGCCACCGCCAAGCAGUACAUCGUGUCAUUUGCUGCGGAGGGCGUGACGCACGUGGAGGGCAUGGAGUGCGUCAAGUGCGUGGUGGUGGGGCAGAGCUUCAUGCUGCACCAGAUCCACAAGAUGGUCGGCAUGGUGCUCGCCGUCAUGCGCGGCCAUGCUCCCGAGCAGAUGCUCGUUGAUGCCUUCCGCAGGGACAAGCGGUACAAUGUGCUGCUGGCGCCGGAGCUGGGGCUAUUCCUGGUGGAGUGCAUGUUCCUCGCCUACAACAACAAGUGA